AUGUUGAGACAGCAGCAGGCUGCUGCUGGCGGGUCGAUGCACUCGCGUCGACCCGAGACUUUGAAGAUUGACAUCUCAAAGUAUAGGGGGGUCGAAGAAGACUCCCUCUUGAGAUGGUUCGUCGAAUUGGAUGACGCCAUAAGGGCGCGUCGCAUCGACGACGGGGAUAUGCAAGUUGCAUUUGCCCAGUCAAAUCUGGCAGGACGUGCCAAGACUUGGGCACUGGGGCUCAAGCUGCACGACCCAUAUGCGUUUGGGUCGUUGGAAGUCUUCAAGUCGCGGCUCAGACAAACGUUUGAACCGCCUAGAGCUGAGUUCAGGGCUCGAACCGAACUCUUGAAGCUCAAGCAGGGUAAGCGUGAUGUGCACGCUUACGCUCAACAUAUACGACAUCUUACGAGUUGUAUAAGUUCCAAUCCAGUGGAUGAACACACGUUGGUUUCGGUGUUCAUGCAGGGUCUUGCGGAUGGUCCCGUCAAGACUCACCUGUUCCGGCUUGAACUAGAUUCACUAGAACAAGCCAUUUCCAUUGCGGAGCAGGAAGACUUCAGUCUGAGACAGGCUCGCGCCAGCUCGACAUCAUAUCGUCAACCGAGACGAUAUGACAACGGAGGUCCAGAGCCGAUGGAACUCUGUUAUGUAGAGAGCGAGAAGGUUCGCUCUACAGGCUACAAGAAGUUGCAGAGAUGCAACAGAUGUCAAAAGACAGGACACUACGCUUACGAGUGUAGUGCCCCUCGUCCAGUGUCUCGCGACACUGGGCGUAGUGACCGUCCACCCAUGAGAAAGGGGCAGGGACGAGGGUCCGCAGUUGGUGCAAAGACGCAACAACGGGAUGGACCGUCAAAAAACGGACAGGAUCAGUAG